AUGAAUGAGGAGAUCAAGAACUUCAUCUCCAAAUGCGACAUAUGUAGGUCAGUGGAUCCAAAGCAACAAAGAGAGACACUACACCCACAUGACAUGGCAAGCAGACCCUGGGCCAAGGGGAUCCCGGACAUUGUUAUCUCAGAUAACGGACCCCAAUAUGCAUCACUAGAGUUUCAGCACUUCAGCCAGAAGUGGGGCUUUGAACACAGGACAUCGUCGCCGGGAUACCCGCAGAGUAACGGGAAGGCGGAGUCAGCGGUGAAGACAGCCAAGCGCCUGAUGCUGAAGGCUGCAGCAGCGAGACAGGAUCCGUACUUGGCCAUGCUGGAUCAUCGCAACACACCGAGCCAGGGCCUCAACACAAGCCCGGCACAGAGACUCCUAAGCAGGAGGACCAGGACCCUGCUUCCCACUAAGGACACUCUGCUGAAGCCAGAGGUAACACACAACGAACAGGGACUGAAAUACAACAGACAGAGACAGGAAAAGUACUACAACCGCACAGCAAAAGACAUGGACACUCUGAAAGGAGGGGACAGUGUGAGAGUACAGCCCUGGGACACACACAAGGGCUGGAGACCAGCGAAAGUGGUCCAACAGGUGAGCCAUAGAUCAUAUGAGGUGGAGUUGGAGUCAGGAGGUGUUUUGAGACGAAAUCGUCGCCACCUCAGACACGAUCUCACCAAGAGCACACUAACACAAAACACACCCACACCAACAGUGACUGAGGCGGCCAUACCACCAGGUGGCCCAGCGAACCAAGAGACGGUCACCAGGUCAGGUCGACGAGUUGUCAGACCCCACUACCUGAAAGACUAUUCUCAGUGAUUAGAGUAUGGACUAAGAAAAAAAAAAAAAAAAAAAAAUGGAGAAAUGGAAAUGUGUUGUUUUAUACACUUGUUGCACUUGUAGGAAAACUGAUGUUUUACACCUGUUGAUCUAUUAUUGCUUAUGAUGUUAGAUCUGUUAUAAAUGAACAGAGCAUAAAGUGUGUUACACUAGAAUACCUACACUCAAGGAAAGAGACUAACUUGGGAAAAGAAAAAGAAAGAUGUAACAAUAGGAUUGUUUAUUUAAGUACUGUUGUACGGGGGACUGAUUUAGAGGUUACACCGCACUGUUGUACGGGGACUGAUUUAGAGGUUACACCGGGCAUGCGGAGCAGUUCAGAUAACGUUACUAGGACAGAGAGUUGAUGACUGCACACCAAUAAAGUUAAAGUAAGCUAAACUGCUUUAAUCGUCCAUUAUGUAUAGUCUAGAUAGAGACAGAACAUAAU